AUGGAGGUGGACGAGGAAGACCCUAUUGAGGAGAUGGAAGUAGAGGAGGAGGACAACAUGGAAGACAUGCAGGUUGAUGAGGAGGAUAACACCGAGGAAAUGGAGCUGCACUACGGGACCCUCCUGGGCAGCAGAGCUUGUGCCCACAUGGCAGCAGCUGCCUGGGCCAGUGCCUUUCUCAAUGCCCUGUUGCACACAGCCAAUACAUUUUCCCUGCCCCUGUGCCAUGGAAAUGCCCUGGACCGGUUCUUCUGUGAAAUCCCACACAUCCUCAAGCUCUCCUGCUCCAAAUACUACCUCAGGAAAAUAAAAGUUUCUGUUUUCACUGUCUCCAUAGCUUUUGGUUGUUUUGUGUUCAUUGUUUUUUCCUAUGUGCAGAUCUUCAGGGCUGUGCUGAGGAUCCCCUCUGAGCAGGGACGGCACAAAGCCUUUUCCACCUGCCUCCCUCACCUGGCUGUGGUCUCCCUGUUUUUCAGCACUAUCGUGUUUGCUCACCUGAAGCCCCCCUCCAUCUCCUCCCCAUCCCUGGAUCUGGCAGUGUCAGUUCUGUACUCGUUGGUGCCUCCACCCACCUAA